AUGGACAUUGAAUCUUCUUCAUCUCCAUCAUCACGUGCUCUUCUUAAGAAGGAGAAAGGAGGAUGGAGAGCUAUCAAGUACAUUAUUGCAAAUGAGUCGUUUGAGAAGCUGGCGUCAAUGAGCUUAAUAGGGAAUCUAUCAGUGUAUCUCACAACAAAAUACAAUCUCGGUGGUGUCUUCUUGGUGAAUGUCAUCAACAUUUGGUUUGGUUCUUGCAACGUUCUUAGUCUCGCUGGUGCUUUUGUCUCUGAUGCUUACCUCGGAAGAUUUUGGACUCUUCUCCUUGGUUCCAUAGCCUCCUUCAUCGGAAUGGGAAUAAUUGCUCUAACUGCGGCUCUCCCAAGGUUAAGACCCGAGGCUUGCAACGAUCCAUCGAAUUGUUCAAACCAGCCCACGAAAUGGCAGCUUGGGGUUCUUUUCUCCGGUCUAGGUUUACUAGCCAUUGGAGCAGGAGGAAUCAGACCGUGCAACAUCGCAUUUGGAGCAGAUCAAUUCGAUACAAGCACUAAAAAAGGCAAAGCUCAGCUUGAAACGUUCUUUAACUGGUGGUACUUCUCCUUCACUGUGGCUCUAGUCAUUGCACUGACAGGUGUCGUUUAUAUACAGACUAAUAUCAGUUGGGUCAUUGGUUUUGUGAUCCCCACGGCUUGUUUUGCACUCUCCAUCACCACCUUCCUCAUCGGUCAGCACUCUUACAUUUGUGCAAAACCUGAGGGCAGUGUGUUCGCAGACAUUGUUAAGGUUGUUGUUGCGGCCUGUAAGAAACGUAAGGUGAAACCUGGAGCAGAUCUAACGUUCUACGUAGGCCCUUCUGAUGAUGGAUCAUCCACCACUUUGGUCCGAGACAAACAUAGGUUAAGGUUUGUUGACAAAGCAUCGGUGGUAACUAAUCCGAACGAGUUAAAUGAAGAUGGUAAGGCGAAGUAUAAAUGGAGAUUAUGUACUAUGCAGCAAGUGAAAAACAUCAAAUGUGUGACCGCAAUUUUACCUGUUUGGGUCACGGGGAUCGCGUGUUUCAUGCUGACUGACCAACAAAACAUUUACGGAAUCCUUCAAGCUAUGCAAAUGGAUAAAACAUUCGGACCACAUAAUUUCCAAGUCCCGGCAGGAUGGAUGAACCUCGUCUCCAUGAUCACUCUUGCCAUUUGGAUUUCACUUUACGAGUGUGUUAUCAUACCAAUAGUGAAACGUAUCACGGGGCGGAAAAAGCGGUUAACAAUGAAACAAAGAAUCGAGAUAGGUAUCAUAAUGGGAAUCACUUGUAUGAUUGUCGCGGCAUUCCAAGAAAAAAAGCGAAGAGCUUCCGCUCUAAAGAAUGGCUCAUUCGUAUCGCCGGUUUCUAUUUUAAUGCUCCUUCCUCAGUUUGCUCUGGCGGGUUUAACGGAAGCGUUUUCAGCAGUGGCUCUGAUGGAGUUUCUAACUGUUAGGAUGCCCGAGCAUAUGAGAGCAGUUGCGGGAGCGAUCUUCUUCUUGAGUUCAUCGAUUGCAAGUUACAUAUGCACGCUUCUUAUAAAUGUGAUUGAUGCCGUGACACGCAAGGAAGGGAAAUCGUGGUUAGGAGACAAAGACUUGAACAAGAACAGGCUUGAGAACUAUUUUUUCAUAAUAGCCGGCAUUCAAUUCGCGAAUCUGCUCUAUUUUAGGUUUUUUGCUUCAAGGUUUGCUACUGAGAAUAAAAAAGGACACUAAAGAUUUUUAGAUAAGGCUUCAGAGGUUAGGUUCAAUUUCCUUUUUUUUUCUUUAAACUUUCUUGCGUAUUUGGACUUACUUUUCUUUUUAAAAAAAAUAUAUUCA